CUCAUCUCCUCCGCUUUACCUUGUGGAACAGGCAGGCUCAAACCAAAUAUCCGACCUCUGACAAUGGUAAGGGCCUUGGGAAGAGGUAUCAGCCACGUUUUUACGGAGACACCAGUCAGAGAAAUAAUCUUGUUACCUUUGUCUUGUUGGCUCAUCCUUCCCAGUCAUAGGAAGAUCUGAAGUCCUAUAAAUCCUACUCAAAAGUUACACCUUUCCCCCAAAUCAUUUAAUGAGUACCCAUAACACCUCACGACUUAGGUACAUGCCCUUUCUUGUUCUAGCAACCUGCAGCAGUUCUGCUUAAGCUGAUCAAUGUUUUGGGCUUUAGCGAUACCUCAGCCCUAGGCCUGCUCCCCUGAGGCUGCUGGAAGGCUCUGCCCCGCAGAGGGACCCAGUCUACUAUGGCGAGGAAAGCCCAGAAUUCAAGGAUUGCAGUGUGAUUUGUCACCAUCGUCAAGCAAUCCCACUGAUUCAGGAGCCCCUACUAACUCCUGAUUCACAUUUUUUAAAAACAAAACAAAAAAACCUAUACUCAUUGAUUCAAUUCACCCACAGUUCAGGGAAGUCCCACAUCAGUCUUGAUUGCCUUUCCUUUGGGAGAAGGCAGGUAGGCCAGACUCUGAACUUGCCACAGCUGGGUCCGUUCUUCUAGGGAGAUGAUCUGGAGCAGGUAACUGGGAGGGCAGGCCAUCUAUACAAAAGGGGGAUCUGGGGCACUCUUAGAUCACACCUGCUGAAGAACCUCCCACAGAAGGGAGGUAAGGGCCUUAUCCAAUUGCCUGUAAUGCAAUAGAUUGGUGCCUCUUUCCCAGACAAGGCUGAGAGGGGUCAACGCAAAGGCCUCAUGAGACUUCUAUUUUGAUUACAGUGAUCUCACUGAGCUAUUUUGGAAUCAAAGUGUGGCUAGGUGCCUGGUUUCCCUCAGUGGCUUCACGUGGCUUUCAAAGGGAAGGAGGGGGUGGUGCUGACUUUUGGCAAAAGGGUCCAAGCCAGCAACAUAAAAGUCCAGGUGAGGGAUCAGUAAAUACAACGUGCCUGAAAGGCAGGCCUUGAGCACAUUCCUCUGGUAGACAUUAACUUAUUAAAUUGACCCUGACUGCAAAUACAAACUUUGCCCCAUCUCACCUGGCAACCAUAAAAGAGGUGACUUUCAGUCUAUAAAAGCCAGUGGGAACCGUUGCUGGGUCCCAGGCUCCAACCACCUCCCUCCGGCAAGAUGUGGCACCUCAAACUCUUUGCAGUGCUCAUGAUCUGCUUGCUGCUGCUGAACCAGGUAGAUGGCUCCCCCAUACUGCAACUGAGUUCAACAAAGAGAAGGUCCCGGAGAAUGACCCCGUUUUGGAGAGGGGUCUCCCUCAGGCCCAUUGGAUCCUCUUGCCGGGACGAUUCUGAGUGCAUCACGAUGUUGUGCAGAAAAAGACGCUGUUCCCUGAGUGUGGCCCAGGAAUGAUGUACUAAUCAGGAGAAAAGAGGACAGCGCUCCCCUACAACAAUGCUCUGUUCUCUGCGAUACUGAUUAACUGCAUUUUGGCUGGAGACACUUAAGUGAAGCAGUCUUGUAUUUUUAAUAUUUAAAGACAGAUGUAUGCUUUAAACUGGUCUCUGUUUCUUCUUAGAAUGUUAUGUAGAUAAGCAUUACUAAACUUGUCAGUUUAGAGUUUAUUUUUCUAUGUAUAUUAUUAAAUGUCUCAAAA